AAACAAAAUUACGCAAUUUUCUAAGCUGCACAGCAUUAACAACAAUAACAGCAUCAAUAGCAAUAACAAAAGCCGCAAAAUGUUGCGUCAAACUUCAACACAGAGCAAUCGUUUCGCCCAUUGCUGUGGAUGGAUGCAAGUCUUCCUACUACUGACACUCUACGUGAUUGGUAAUCAAAGUGCCUGGCAGGAGAACAUACGACCAAAACUCUAUGUGGAAUUAGGUCCCGAAGAUAUACUAAAAUUUCAGGGCAAUGAAAGUGCCGUGGAUCACUUCAAGCUUGUCACCAAGGAUGGCAACAGCCUGCUCAUCGGUGCCAGAAAUACAGUAUUUAAUUUAAGUAUCCAUGAUCUCGCUGAGCAGCAACGUCUCCUGUGGACGUCGCCGGAGGAUGACACCAAAAUGUGUCUCGUCAAGGGCAAGGAUGAGGAGGCCUGUCAGAAUUAUAUACGCAUCAUGGUGGUGCCCUCGCCGGGUCGCCUGUUCGUUUGUGGCACGAACUCAUUCCGGCCGAUGUGCAACACUUACAUCAUCAACGACAGCAACUAUACGCUGGAGGCAACCAAAAAUGGCCAGGCUGUGUGUCCCUACGAUCCGCGACACAAUUCAACGUCCGUUCUGGCGGACAACGAAUUAUAUUCGGGUACGGUGGCCGACUUCAGUGGCAGUGAUCCGAUUAUCUAUCGAGAGCCCCUGCAAACGGAGCAAUAUGAUAGCCUAAGUCUCAAUGCGCCAAAUUUCGUGAGCUCAUUUACACAAGGAGACUUCGUUUAUUUCUUCUUCCGCGAAACGGCCGUCGAGUUUAUCAAUUGUGGCAAGGCGAUUUACUCGCGGGUCGCACGUGUCUGCAAAUGGGACAAGGGCGGCCCCCAUCGCUUUCGCAAUCGCUGGACGUCGUUCCUGAAGUCCCGCCUAAAUUGCUCCAUACCUGGCGACUAUCCAUUCUACUUCAAUGAGAUUCAAUCCGCCAGCAAUCUGGUCGAGGGACAGUACGGUUCCAUGAACUCCAAAUUGAUUUAUGGCGUUUUUAAUACGCCAACAAAUUCGAUUCCCGGCUCAGCGGUGUGUGCGUUCGCAUUGCAGGACAUUGCGGAUACAUUCGAGGGGCAAUUCAAGGAGCAGAGUGGCAUUAACUCCAACUGGCUGCCAGUGAACAACGCCAAGGUGCCCGAACCGCGUCCCGGCGCCUGUCACAAUGAUUCACGAACACUUCCGGAUCCGACAUUAAAUUUCAUCAAAACACAUUCGCUAAUGGACGAGAACGUGCCGGCAUUUUUCGGUCAACCGAUUCUGGUGCGGACCAGCACAAUUUAUCGCUUCACACAAAUCGCUGUCGAUGCACAAAUCAAAACACCUGGCGGGAAGACAUACGAUGUGAUUUUUGUUGGCACAGACCAUGGCAAAAUCAUCAAAUCCGUGAAUGCCGAAUCAGCGGACUCUGCCGAAAAGGUAACCUCGGUGGUCAUCGAGGAAAUCGAUGUGCUGCCCAAAAGUGAACCCAUCCGUAAUUUGGAAAUUGUGCGGACUAUGCAGUACGAUCAACCCAAAGAUGGCAGCUACGACGACGGCAAAUUAAUCAUUGUCACCGAUAGUCAAGUGAUAGCCAUACAAUUGCAUCGAUGUCACAACGACAAAAUCACCAGCUGCAGCGAGUGCGUCGCACUGCAGGAUCCAUAUUGUGCCUGGGACAAAAUUGCCGGCAAGUGUCGCUCCCAUGGCGCACCACGCUGGCUGGAGGAGAACUACUUCUAUCAGAAUGUGGCGACCGGUCAACAUGCCGCGUGCCCCUCGGGCAAAAUAAAUUCAAAGGAUGCCAAUGUGGGCGAACAGAAGGGUUUCCGCAACGACAUGGAUCUAUUGGACUCCCGUCGCCAGAGCAAAGAUCAAGAAAUCAUUGAUAAUAUUGAUAAAAACUUUGAGGGUCCACAAAUUUCCGCAGAUAUUAUCAAUGCCCAAUACACCGUGGAAACCCUCGUAAUGGCGGUGCUAGCCGGCUCGAUAUUCUCGCUCCUAGUGGGCUUCUUUACAGGCUACUUUUGCGGCCGGCGCUGCCACAAGGAUGAGGAUGAUAAUUUGCCGUAUCCGGAUACGGAAUACGAGUACUUCGAACAGAGGCAGAACGUCAAUAGUUUUCCCUCGUCGUGCCGCAUACAGCAGGAGCCUAAGCUGCUGCCCCAGGUGGAGGAGGUGACAUAUGCAGAGCCGGUGCUGUUGCCACAACCACCGCCACAGAACAAAAUGCACUCUCCCAAGAAUACGCUGCGCAAGCCGCCAAUGCAUCAAAUGCAUCAGGGCCCCAACUCGGAGACCCUCUUCCAGUUCCAGCCCGACGGCUACAACACCCAGCAACCAUAUCGUGGACGCGACAACUUUGGAACGUUGCGUUCACACCAGGUGAUGGGCGACAACUAUAGACGCGGUGAUGGCUUUUCGACCACCCGCAGCGUCAAGAAGGCUGUAAACAACACAAACACACGUAACAGAAGUCUUGGUCGCGCAAGAAGACAGCCGCCCCGUCAUGGUAUUGUAACUCAACAUCGUUCGAAUAGUCCUCAACAACAACAACAACAGCAGCAGCAGCAACAGCAGCCACACUCCAGCUCUGGCUCGUCGCCGGUGAUGUCGAAUAGUAGUUCCAGUCCAGCGCCACCAUCCAGCAGUCCCAGUCCGCAGGAGAGCCCCAAGAAUUGCAGCUACAUUUAUCGUGAUUGAUUGAUAUGUAACACCAAAUCGAUGCCACUAAUCAAGGCGAUGCCAACGCCAACGCCAACAGCUGCAGCAACAACAGCAACAGCAACAACAACAACAAUAAUAGCAACGGAUUCGGGCAACGGAAAGCAACAGCAACAACAAGAGCAGCAUCAGCAGCAGCAACAGAGACACCAAUACAAGCCAAUGGCCAAAUCCAUGCCAGUGACGCCAAUACAGCCGCAAUCGCCGAUGGAUGAACUGAGCGCGGGCGCACAUUUCAUCAUGCAGCGCUCGCCAUCGUAUGAGCUUUACGAGCAGCACCAACAACACCAACAACAACAACACCAACAACACGCGCCCUUUCGCCACGCACACUCCGACGCCACAUUUCACUUUGACCAUUUUGCGAAUGACAAAGACGAUGAUGACGGUGGUGGUGGUGGUGGUGAUGAUGAUGAUGAUGAUGAUGUCGACGACGACGACGAUGACGACGAUGACGAUAUUGAGGACGAUGAGGAGGAGACAUCAUCAUUGGCCAUGAUUACUCCGCCGCCCCCCUACGAUACGCCCCACUUGACAGGAGCAAUGGCAACAAAAACAACAGCAGCACCACCUCUGCCGCCACCCCGAAAAUUUCGCUUUGGCAACCGCGAGCUAUUCAGCAUGAGCCCGGCGACCCCCAGCAGUGGGUGCGGCUCCCAUCUGGCCAGCGUCAUCACACCAACAAAGCUGAGUGCCGCAGCGGCGGCGGUCUUCUCCACGCCCCAAAUGGCGCAACUGAAUCGCAAGUGGGCGCAUUUGCAGCGAAAGCGGCGACGACGUAGCAGCAGCUCCGGGGACUCGAAGGAGCUCGACAAAUUGGUGCUGCAAUCGGUCGACUGGGAUGAGAAUGAAAUGUACUAAGUGUAGGGCUUAUUGUUGCACCCUGUUGCCGCCAGUGCUUUAUAGAGGAACUCGGCAAUACACACACUCUGAUUAACAUUUAAUUGUAGUAACAUAAAGACAUAGAAACCACUAAGCGUAUGUGACGAAAAUUGUACUUUCUGUAAAUUAAAUUAGCCUGCGAUACAUACACAGAACAUACGAAUAGUACAGACAGACAAACAGUUUUAUAGCCGUACCGUUUAGAGUUCAGACUUUUCGUUUUCAAUUUUAGAUGCAACUUUACAUGAUGGUUAGAAACUUAUUGAACGCAAUUACAUUUUUAGGCGUAUGCUCCGAAUGGGGACGACAGAGCUGGACUUGCCAGUAGUAUUCGAAAGCCGACACAUACUCGGACGAUCUGAGAUACUAGUUUUUAACCAAAAAGUGAACUUAUUUGAAGAAGAAGAAGGGCAAGACAUGUUGGAGAAAUUGUUUUCAAGCACUUGCAAUUUAGUUUCAAGCAUUAAAGCAUCUCUUUCCCUAGCUGUACAUAUGAAAUAACCGAGUUCGACUCGGCCAAAAAUAAAUUUGAUUUCUAGUACAUUUAUCAGGCUUAGACUUCAGUAUUCUAUAUCUGCUUCAAAGAUAGCUUUCAAACAUCAUCUCCUCAUUUAAAGGUAUGACAAAUCAGAGAACAGCCUCUUUGUCGUCCCCAUUCGAAGGCAUACCGAACAUACAGCAAAUACAAAUUGACACACCUUUUUCUGAUAUACACUACAGAUAUACAUACAUACAUAUGUAUGUAUGUUUGUAUUUGCGCAUAGCUAGUUAGACGCAACAAAAAUUAAUUGAAUUAACAUAGUUUGCAUUUUUUAAGAUCAAUAGAUCAAUACAAAUUUAUGAUAAACCUACACAACCGCAAGACGAGGAAGCCAGCAUGCGAAAUACAAGUAUGAUGAGAAUUAUAUAUAAAUUUAUACAGUUAUAUAUAUAUAUAGAACCCAUAUACAUAAUUGCAGAGCUGCUUAGUAUAUAGAGACAUACGAUAUAUAUAUAGUUUGUACGAAAAACACUCAGAAUGCUAUGCCUAGAACAGAAAACAAUCUUGUUAAUUUAAAAUCGGAGGUAGAGCGGAUCUGGACAAAGGAAAUACUCGUAAAAGAUACAUAUAUUAGGAAUGUACAUUUUGAAAUACAAGUAAAAGGAAUACAACUGUUAGGGAUUUCCAAAUGCAAUUUGUAAAUAUUAAUUAUUAAAUUAGAAACCAAAAAUGUAAUACACAACAUAAUGAAGAAACAUUUAGAGUGAAAGGCGUACACGUUUUUGCAUUUAAAGCAACACAAAUAGAAGAAAUAUACAUACACGAGAUAAAGGAAAAGGAAAACAUAUAAACGAAACGCUUAUUACUGAUUUACAACAAAAGAAAAGUUGAUUUAAUAAAUACCAAAACCGUAGCAACAAAUUAGAAUUAAGGACAGCUUAAUUACUACUUAUAUCCGCAGAUGGCUCACAUCAGGCGACUGAUUGGGUUCUCAUUCGAAAAUAGAUGUGUAUCGGAAACAGAAUCCUCACAGAUAAUGGCUUUUCAAUUAUUAUUGAUCGCGAUGUCGCAUAAUCAGUUUACAAUCUUUCCUUUGAGCUGUGAGCAAGUGAACUGCCAAAUGCUCUUGAAAAACGAUGCGAAUAGGAACUUUUCCGACAUCCAGGCUUAUCGGGACGAUAAUGAAGUAAAGAGCAUACACAAGAAACACUCAAGGCUUGUUUGCAAAUACCUCCACAGAGUAAAUCAUACUCGAUCAUAAAUCAUACUAGAUAUGUCAUAGACUUGUCAAUCAUUUCAAACAGUUGAAUAUAGUAGGUGUUUGUAUCUUGUGUUCCGGGAUCCUACCUUGAUAUCGAAACAGAAUUCGAACAGCACGCAUCCUCUAGAAGAUAUACUUGUAAUUAGUAGCAGCUUUUGAUUAACUCUUCCAUACUCUCUAUUACUACUACAUGUAUCCAUCUCAACUUACAUUCACACACCUAGGCACACACACACACCCCUUCACCCACACAGUGUCCAUUUAGGAUUUAGUGUUAUUCAGUCAAUUUGUUUUGCAGGCUCGUGCUUCACAUUAUUUACCAUAGAUUAGCAUACUACUCGUAUAUAGCUGUGCUUCGGGAGAUGCUGCACCCCUGCUUUGUAAUGAAUAGUAGUAGUGAAUACUGAUAAGUGACUUAGAGUUGUAUAAAUUGUACAGAUUAUACACCACGCAGAAGAAGAAUGUAACUGUAAACUCUGUACAUAUGUAUGUGCGAUAUGUGCCAUAAUUAGUAGAGUGCAAACGAAUCAAGAGAAAAGUUCUAAUUGGCGCACUUUUUGAUUGGAUGCUUGAAAUCAAACAUGUGAUUUGGUACAAACAUUUUACGAAAUUCAUCAGAGAACAAUUUAUUUUAAAAGUAUUAACUAAAUUGCGUUGGCUCUUUAAACUCACAACUUAGUUGCCAAUGGGAUCUGUAAAAAGAACAAAAGACAAGUUGUAUAUAUAAGUAGUGCAGAUGCCAGCAGAGGAGUACCCUAACCAGACCCUAGCAGAACACGCCCCAUUCUUCAUUUAUUGCUUUUGAUUCUAAAAACCAAGUAAGAGCAUUUUGUAAUGUGAUCGAUCAGAACAUAAAUGGAUGCAAAGAAGAAUGAAACCUUUCCAACAUUUAACAGUAGAUCAGCGCUAUUUGUAGACUCGUUUCUCUUGAAUAGGCCUAGCUUAGAAGCUUAGAAUAAACCCGUAUUUUGUAUAAAGUCUACUAAGAGAACAAACUGCAGAAAUGCAGAG